AUGCGAAGCCGCGAAACAUCUCCGCGCAGCACCACUGGGCGGCCCGCCAUUGCUCCGGGGCAUGGAGGAGAGGCCAUAGAUCGGAGGGAGGCGCCUCCGCCGCCGGAGGAAGCGGCGGCGGAGAAGGUGGUGGAUGGGUCCCAGGAGCUGCGGCUCCCGCCGGAGAUCGACUGGGAUCGGCUCGACAAGUGGAGGUUCUUCGUGCUCGGAGCUGGGCUCUUCUCCGCCGUCUCCACCGCGCUCUACCCGGCCGUCGUGCUCAAGACGCGGCUCCAGGUCGCGACGGCCCCGCCUCCGCCUCCGCCCGCGCACGCGGCGGCGUCGUCGGGGGCGGCGCUCCCGCACUCCGCCGCCGCGGCCGCCACCGCCAUCCUGCGGCGGGAGGGGCCCCUCGCCUUCUACCGCGGCUUCGCCACCUCCCUCGCCGGGACCGUCCCGGCGCGCGCGCUCUACAUGGGGGCGCUCGAGGCCACGCGCUCGGCCGUCGGCCCCGCCGCGCUCAGCCUCGGCGCGCCCGAGCCCGUCGCGUCCGCUUCCGCCGGCGCCGCGGCGGGCCUCGCCGCCGCCGUCGCGGCGCAGGUGGUGUGGACCCCCGUCGACGUCAUCAGCCAGCGCCUCAUGGUGCAGGGCAACCCGUGCCCCGCCUCCCGCUACCGUGGCGGCCUCGACGCCUUCCGCAAGAUCGUAGCUUCCGACGGCCUACGCGGCCUGUACCGUGGCUUCGGCAUGUCCAUCCUAACCUACGCCCCCUCCAAUGCCGUGUGGUGGGCAACUUACUCGCUGUCGCAGAAGACAAUUUGGAGCGGAAUCGGCUGCUACCUGUGCGAGUAUGGUAUUGGUGUCCAAGAAAUUGAUGCCGGAGAAGGGGAUUCUUCCUUGCAGCCGGGUUACAAGACUGUCAUGGUAGUGCAGGGAGUGAGCGCGGCGAUGGCUGGAGGCGCGGCCGCACUUGUGACGAUGCCUCUGGACACCAUUAAGACCAGGAUGCAGGUCAUGGAUGGGGAAGGCGAACCGAUUACUGUGGGGAGGACGGUGAGGAGGUUGAUCAAGGAGGGAGGGUGGGGCGCUUGUUACAGGGGGCUUGGUCCAAGGUGGGCAUCCAUGUCCCUGUCUGCCACCACCAUGAUCACCACGUACGAGUUCCUUAAGCGGCUCUCGGCGAAGGAGCAUGAGAGCGGCCUCACCUGAUGUUUGAUGACAAGAAUAGAUGAUGAAAAUAGGUGACUUUGCUUUGUUUCUUUCGUUCCGUUGCAAUGCUUGUUUGUUCUUUUAGGUGUUGCAAAGAGAAUGGUGAUCAAGUUGUUUGUAGAUAGUCUUUGUUUGAUCCUCUAGUUAAGCUAAACAAAUCAGUGCAAUCCACUCUGUUAAAGUGUUUUCAAUGCUAUCAAUAGUUUUGACUUUUAUGUUCUGAACCUUGAGACCAAAAAAUUUCAUGUAUACUGAAAUACCCUGUCAUCUUAAAAAUGACAGUUGCUCAAUGCUGCCAAUGUUUUACUUUACGAAUCAUGCUCGUUGUAUUAUACCAACAACCUUGCAUGUUAGAUUUGGAGAUUGUGAUAGCACUGAUUUAGCCAUAAGCAAUGUUGCAUGUUAAGCACUUAAGUUUGUUGAAUACAAAUAUUGUAUUGGCAAGUUUCUUAAGGGUGAUAGAUCGAAUCCUUGUGAUUCUGUAUGUUCUACUUCCAAAACUGGAAUCAAUUAUGGUAAUGUGGCAUGGCCUAUGUUGCGUAUUUCCUGCUUUGAAAACCAAACAUGUCCUGUGGACACCUGUU